AUGGAACCCACAUCGAAGCCUCCAUCCCGACCCUCCCUCGCCAAAAAGGCCAAGCGCUACCGCAUCCUGUCAACCGUCCUCUCCCUACUAGACAGGUAUCUCUCCUGGCCCCUCCCCCCAAAACCAAAGCUCAACAUCGCCAUUCCCUCGAAAGUGAGCAAAUCUCCCGGCUCAAUCCAACUCUACAUCUUCACCGCACCCUCAAAAUCCGUCUCAUCCCGCAAACCAACCAACCCACCACCCCGCCCCGUCCUAAUCGACUUCCACGGCGGCGGAUUCUCCAUCGGCCACGCCCUCGACGACGCCCGCUGGGCCGGUUCCGUCCUAAAAGCCCACCCAGAAGCCGUCAUCGUAAGCGUCGACUACCGCCUAGCCCCAGAACACCCAUACCCCGUAGCCCUGGAAGACAGCGUCGACGCAGUGAUAUGGCUAUACCAGAACGCAGAGACAUACAAUCUCGACAAGACACGCUUCGUCCUGUGCGGCACCAGCGCAGGCGGGAAUCUCGCUCUAGCAGUGCCCUUCCGAUUACAUAAGGAACUGCAGCACAAGCGAUGGGCGUCGAUAGGGAAGAUCCCGCUGGCCGGGUUGGUAGCGUUCUACCCGAGUGUCGACUGGACGCGCACGAGGAGAGAACGGGAUGCUACGAACCCCAUUGCGGCGGAGAAAUCCAUGAUCUCGCCUUCUAUGUACAAGUUUUUUGAUGAUUCGUAUCUUCUCCCGGCGGCUCUGCCGAAGCGGCCGGGGACGGGCCGGGUGGAUAUGUCACAUCCUUGGCUUUCGCCUGGGUUGGCGCCGGCGUCGUUGUUGCAGGCGGCUUAUCCGCCUGCUGUGGCGAUUUAUACUUGUGGGUGGGAUCAGUUGCUUGUUGAGGGGAAUGCGUUUCGGGAGAGGCUUGGGGGGUUUGUGGAAGAGGGGAAAAUGGCGAGUGUGGGUGGGUUUGUGGUUGAGGAUGUUGUUCAUGGGUUUGAUAAGAAGCCUUCUUUUUGGAGGGGGAAUCGUGAUCGGGAGAGGAUGUAUGGUGAUGCUGUUGGUCAGUUGAAGGUUAUGUGGGAGAUUGAUUGA